CUAUAGAUGAGUGGGGCUCGCAGUUCAAGAUCGGUGGCAUUGCUCAGAACAUAAUUUGCCGUCUGAACCCUAAUGCGUCUUCUGAAUGCGUGGAAUUGUGAAGGCUUGCGUUAGUGGAAGGCCACAAGCUCGGCGUCUGUCCUACCCCUCCUCUACCAGCCGAAUACUCCACCAACGCUCUGCUUACGCCAUCCAAGAUACGACCAAAGACACCAAGAACGCAUGCGCAGCUCUUACAAAGCACACCGAUAUCAAGGAUGUACCCCGUCAGCAUCAGCGGCCUGCUCGCGCGAGUGCCGCACGGCCCUUUACAAAGAAGCCAGCUAACGUCUUCCCCUCAACACACCUCACACUACCUCCAUCAACCAUCCCGCCAGCCUCAGUCAUGGCGAGAACAGCAAUUUACUUGGUGAUCCUGGCCGCCAUCGCGCCGUACCUGUAUGACCGAUGGCAGGCGCUGUCGGCCAUGCUCGCCAAUCGGCCCGGCAAAUUGGAGCCUGUUUACAAUAUCAAGAGCCAUAAGAUUAAGUUUCGUGACCGCGUAAGGAAUUGCGAGGAUGUGGUGCUGGAUGAGGGGAUGGGGAUCGCGAUUUUGUCAUGUGAUCCUGGGAGAGAUCGGUGGAAUACUGUUAUGGGAACUUUCCGCGCCGAGAACGGCCUCGAAAGCGGCGCACUAUGGCUCUACGACUACAGCACCCCAGACCUCCCAGACGACGAAGCCAUGAAGCGCCUGCAAUGGGCAAACUUCCCCAACGAAGCCGAUUUCCACCCCCUAGGCAUCGAAUUCGACCACGCCACCGCAACGCUCUACGCAGUCAACCACGCACAAUCCGGCUCUGCGCUCGAAGUCUUCACAAUCGACGUAAACACCGCAACAGCAACGCACAUCCAAACCUUCAAGCACCCGCUGCUGCACGCCCCGAAUUCCAUCCACGCCCUCGGAGCCGGUAAACUCUUCGUCACAAACGACCACUUCUUCCGCGCCGCCGUCGCGCCGCUGCUGUCGAAGCUGGAGACCUGGCUCGCGCCGCCGGGUGGAAGUGUUGUGUUUGUCGAUCUGGAGAGGCCGCAGGAGAGCAGGGUGGUUGCGAGAGUCGCGUUUGCGAAUGGCGUCGCGAUGCUAAACAAGACUACGCUCGCUGUGGCUUCGACCUCGCGGGCGGGCGUGUAUUUCUAUGAAGUCGAACCGGACUAUAGUUUAAAGAGCAAAGGAUUUGUGCGCACCCUCGCGGCUGUUGAUAACCUUAGCGUCGACUCGGCUGGCGCGCUGCUCAUGGCGGGCCAUCCGAGCGGUCUUGCGCUCAUCAGCGUAGCGAAGAAUCGGUGGAAGUGCGAUGCGCAGAGUGAGAAGGAGGAUGAGAGGCUGGCUUGCGGGUGUCAGUCGCCUAGUUGGGUUGCCGAGUGGACGGAGAGUGGGGGGUUGAGGGAGCUGUAUAAGGGAGGUGAGUUUUGCAGUAGCACGAUGGCGGUUAGGGAUAAAGCAAGGGGCGUGGGGUUUGUGAGCGGAUUGUAUGAGAGGGGUGUUAUGGUGUUUAGGGAGUGAAGGGGUCUGUGUAGCAGCGCUGUAUGCCGCGAACUGGUUUUCAACAAUAAAAGAACUGCCUGGCGCAAUUCCUUUCCAUCUCCAUCUCC